AUGUCUGAGCGUCAUAGCAAUCUGUCAGCAUUACAGAUAUCCCAGCACCCCGCAUACGCGACAACCAAAUGGAAUCUCCAGCCGGAUAGUUCGGGCUUCGUUAAUGUGGCAGAGUCCAGGCCUGGGGGCCCCUUUCCUCUGUGGUACGAGAUUCAUGGCCAUGGACCCUUGAAAGUGGUGUGGAUUAUGGGCCUCGGAGGAACACGCAAUCUAUGGAAACGCCAGACUCGUUAUUUUGGUCAUGAGAAUGGUGACCGUUACAGCUGCCUUGUUUUCGACAACCGUGGAGUAGGCAAGACAGCUACUCCUAACUGCAGAUACAACACCACAGAAAUGGCCAAAGAUAUUCUCGACUUAUUGAGACAGAUUGGCUGGUUAGACUCAGAUUCUCCGCAUUAUCCGAACGACAUAAAUAUUGCGGGCAUCAGCCUAGGUGGCAUGAUAGCGCAAGAGCUCGCUUUACUCAUACCACAACGGGUUCAGUCCUUGAUAUUGAUAGGUACCGCACCGAGGCUGAUACGGACAGCUCCGAUUCAUUCACACGUGUUACAACGUAUCUUGAUGUUCCUCCCCACUGGAGUGGACUCGGAACUUGAUCACAAAGCCCGCAGAAUAUUUUCCAAAAGUUUUCUAGAGGCUCCGGACAACGGGUCUCUGGAUCCAAACAACAGAUUCCCAAAUAACCACGAUCGAUUCGUGGCGGAAGAUCUAGCAGAGAGAGAGGAAUCCGAUGGCUUGGUACGCAGGAAAGGAAUCGUAUUGCAAGCUAUCGCUGCUGGGUGGCAUCAUCGCAGUUCAGAAGAGUUGGGCAAAAUAGGUGAUUUAGUCGGAAGGUCGAGGAUCAUGGUAAUGCAUGGCACUCAUGAUGAGACUAUUGCCUUCUCACACGUUGAUUUUUUCAAGGUCGGUUUCGGCGACGGACCAGAGUAUCAUGUAUUUGAGGAGUGUGGACACAUACCAAUGUGGGAGAGAGAAACAGAGUUCAACACCCGCGUUGCCGAAUUCAUUUACAAAAGUGCGAACCUUUAG